GAGAGGGCAGGCCCAAUGAGGGUAGGCAAAGGACAGGGCAGGCCCAGGACUGCCCUACACUUAGCCUGCGCCAGCGGCCAGUCAUCAGUGGUGGCUCUCCUUACCCAGUGGAAGUGUGACCUGGAUGCUCGUGACGAGGAAAGCAGGACAGCUCUCAUCAAGGCUGUACAAUGCCGGAAAGAAGAGUGUGUCACUAUCCUGCUGAAACAGGGUGCUGACCCAAAUCUUGAGGACAACUUUCAAAACACUGCUCUGCAUUAUGCCGUCUUGGCUGAAAACACAUCAAUUGCAGCAGAGCUGCUCCGCUAUAAUGCAAAUAUCGAGGCGAUAAACCAGUAUAACUUCACACCAUUUUUAGUCGCCGUCAGGGAGAACAAAGAAGAGAUGGUCAAAUUUUUGAUAGAUAACGGGGCAAAUGUACACGCAGUCGACAUGCUUCAAAGAUCAGCACUGAUGCUUGCUGUGUUUCAUGACUCGCCGGACAUGGUCAAGCUCCUUCUUCAGAAGCAUGUUAAUGCCAGUUCUCUCGAUUUUCAAGGAUGGUCUGCUGAAAGAUAUGCUUGUCGUAAUGGUUUUAAUCACCUUUACCAGCAGAUUGUCGACUACAGAGACGAAAAGAUACCAAAUACUCCCCCUCAAAAUAGCGACCUAGGACAGAGUUCUGCUAAGGAGAGUUUACCUUCUUCGCAUACUGCGGCAGAAAACAUCCAAGAAAAGUUGCAAUUGUCCGGCAAGGACGACGAAGAAGAAAUGGUUGUCGAGUUGGGAACCAGCAAUGGCAGCCGCGUGGAUUCACUGAAGAAUGUUGAGCAGAAGACAGAUUUAGUGGUUGAGGUUUCACCGAGUGGAAAGUUGAUGUGUUAG